AUGUCCACUGCCUCUUCAUCCAAGCGCUCUAGCAAGCUCUUCGGCCGCCUCCUAGGACGUUCCGGUCGGGCGGCCUCUCCGCCACCGCCUCCUCCUUCCUACGACACCAGCGCCUCCCCGGGAAUAGCUGUACCACCCAUGGUCAAGGGCUUCAGGUCCUCGUAUGUUGCUCCCAGGGGUAAUGAAGAUCCCCUGGAGCUGUUGAAAGAAUAUGAUACAGUCUUUCUCGUGGACGACAGCGGGUCUAUGGCUGGGAGCAGAUGGAAGGAAGCGUGCAAGUCGAUCAUGGAAGUUGCCGACAUUGCUGCUCGGUACGAUGAUGAUGGUAUCGAUGUCUACUUUUUGAACAGCAAGCGGUACGGGGUUGGGCUUUCCACUACCAGCCAGGUUGCGGAACUCUUUAGGAGCUUGAAGCCUAGGGGAAUGACGCCCACAGCGGCAAGGCUUGAUGUACUUUUAAGGGAAUAUAUGGGGCGCCUUGAAGCUCAGAAUGCUGGCAGCACUCCCGGGGAAGCAGAGGAAGUGAAACCGAUCAACCUCAUCGUGAUCACCGACGGAGAACCCAGUGAUGAUCCCGCCAGCGUGAUUGUAGCUGCAGCCAAGCGUCUUGACAAGGGCGAAUACCCUCUCUCUCAAGUCGGCAUCCAAUUCCUCCAGAUCGGCAACGACCCCAAAGCUGCCGCUGCCCUCGAAGAGCUCGAUGACGAGCUGGGCCCCAAGCAUGGUAUCAGAGAUAUUGUGGAUACCGUGCCGUACAAGGGAAAGGCUAUGGAUGCCGAGUUGAUCAUCAAGACUUUAUUGGGAGGUAUCAAUAGGAGGUUGGAUAAGAGGGGUAAUUGA